UGAUAGGACUAGGUGGAAUUAAAGAAAUAGUUUCGGGCGUAACGAUUUUAUGGUCGUUAACAAAUCGUAAUUUCCGGCUUAAGAUUCCGGUGGAAAUUAAAGGAAAAUAAUUUCAGGCUGUAAUAAUUGUGUGGCAGUUACCGAAAACAUUAGACUCAAGAAUUUUGUGGAAAUCGACGAACAAUAGUUUCAGGUUAUGGAACUUUGUGGUAACUAACGAGCAAUAAUUUUAGGUUAAUGAGCUUUGUGGUUUACUAACGAACACGAGUUUCAGAAUGAUGUAGAGUUUUGUGUAAGUGAACGAAAAGUAUACAAUCAAGAGUAUUGUAUCAGCUGAGCAAUACAGGAUAUAUUCGACAGGAAUUCUCGAAUGUUCUAAUCAUAUUUGUUAGAUCAUAAUGUGUUUAUAGAGAAAAAACUCUUUAUAAUCGUGUUUUUAGAAUGGUUAUAAACUCAAAAGGUCAGCAAAACUAUUUUUAGUAUUUGAUAUCACAUAUCUAAAACGUGUUUUUAAACUGGUUAUACCGAUAAACUCAAAAAGUCAGCAAAGCUAGUUUUAGUAUUUGAUAUUGCAUCUAAAACGUGUUUUUAAGAACUAAAUAUUUUCAUUAAAGUGAAGUGUAAAAAGCAUGGCGGCAAAAAAUGGACUUAUAAUUAGAUUCUCUGUUUUAUGUCUAGCCAUAGGGUCCAUAUCGUUUUUAAGUCUGCGAAUCCCGGAACAUCGAUGUGAGAUCUUGUUUGAGAAAUUGGAAUUUCCUAGAGCAGUUGAAGUCAACACGAGCAAUCUACUCCGUGGUAUCAGAAAUGUUUCUGUACAGUUCAUCCAAGUAGAGAAGGCCUGUGAGUUGACAAAGAACGUGGAUAGCUUGAGGUUGUUUAAAGAUUUGAUAAGCCGCGUAGAGGGGGAGGACUCUCACGUGCUGGGGGAGGCGUUCUAUGGGGUGCCUGCGAUGCCGGGCGACGCCCCGACGACGGCGCAUUACGUCUGGUGCGGAGAGAAGCUCUUCCGGUUUGAGGAUUACCUCGGUGUGUUGAGCGUCAUCCGGGUUUUGAAACCGCUGAAACUCGUGUUCCAUUACAACCAUCUGCCCUUUGAUAACGAAUUCUACCACACAUGGUUUCAAGAACUUCGACAGUCCUUACCGCAUCUAAUCCUCAAACCUACAAACAAAGAACUCAAAUGUAACACCCUUGACGCUUUAUCCUACGCGUUGGAUCAAUUAGCCUCUAGUCCAGUCGGUGGUGUGUAUUUCGGAGAAAGAGCCGUUUUGACUUUUAUCCCACCGGAAUGGAAAACGGAAAACCACGUGACAUACACAUCAAAAAAUGCAAAUCGCAGCGAAGAAACUAUUAUCUACGUCAAACAUGGUCUUAUUUCUUCAGAUAUUCCUUUAGAACAGUUUAAACAAGAUGUACUCAACAAAUCCUACGUAUGCAUGGACUCUGAAACUUUCAAUGCUGAGGUGGAAUCGCUGAUUUCCAGACAAGAGAGGACAAUCCCACCUGGGUUGUCCCCCUGUUUGAUCAUGUCUUUGAACUUGUACCCUGAGAACAUCGUCAACACCAGCACGCACUACGCAGGUGUGGCCAGGAGAUUGUACUAUGGCAAGUCUAACUUAAUGGUGGCAACACCUAGCCAGGACCCCAACGAUUUGAUACCCAACGUGGGUCACAUGAUAGCCGUCAAGAAAAAACCUGACAGCUCGGUCGAGCUCAUCUUUCAGCAGUACCUGUGUAUACUGUCAGCGUUGUAUGUGGCGAAAAUAGACAGGAUCUAUUUCUACGGAGACGAGGAACCGACUGGCAUUUGGUGGAGUCGUCUGAAAGGGGAGAAUAUUACUUUUGUACAGAUUGAAAGCCUGGAGACCGUCUACCAGCAGGCACUCAACGAGCCCGCCCACAAGUCAGACAUCCUGAGGGCGAUUAUUUUAAGCAAGUUUGGCGGCAUCUACUUUGAUCGGGAUGUGAUCUGGGCCAACCCACCCUCCCUGGAGAUCAGACGGUACCCCAGCGUCAUGUCCCUGGACUGGCCCAUCUACAACGGGUGGCCCCAGGCCGGAAGUAUUGGCCUGCUGAUGGCCAAACCUGGUGCCUCUUUUGUCACUAAACUGCUCGAGUCCUUCUGGUAUUUCCGGGACUUUCAGUGGGCUUUUAAUGGUGUCCUCAUGCCGUAUAAGGUGUAUGAGCAGAACCCCGAGAGCAUCUUCAUAGACAAGAAACUACAGGUCAUCUGUUUUGUUGGUGUCUGUCAUCCACUCUGGCACGCCGACUACCACCGGACCUUUGACCAAAGGGAUGAGCCGACCGGGAAAUUUAAACUCUCGGAGACAAACGCGUUCCACUUCACUUGGCCUAAGCCGGAUCCGGUCUUCUUCUCCUUCUCGACCAUCAGAAACGGAACCGGAAUUGUAGGAGAGCUUGGCCGGCAAGUGUUGGCCGCGGUGGAAAAAUCUGGCCGACUUCACCUGUUGGAAGAGAGUGACGUCAUACAUUCCCCGUGACCAGUUUGAAUUGGGG